CCCCGUGUGAUAUUCCGCAGGCAGGAACCAUGCCGGCGCUGUCCGCCGGAUCUGGAAAUGACACAGGUCUGUACGAGCUGCUGGUCACCCUCCCCGCCCAGCUUCAGCCCCAUGUGGACAGCCAGGAGGACUGCGUCUUUCUGCAGGACAUGUUCGGGGAGAGGAGCCUCCACUCGCUGGUCAAGAUCCAUGAGAGGCUGCAGAAGUAUGAGGAUCAGAGCCCCGCUCCGGUCCUGGACAGUGCUGGGACUCUGGCCCAUGAGCUGGCCGAGGAGCUGCAGAGUAAGGCGGUGAGCGCAGAGAUCCGAGAGCUGCUCAAACUGCUGGCCAAACCACACGUUAAGGGCCUGCUCUCCGUCCACGACACGGUGGCGCAGAAGAGCUAUGACCCCGAGCUGCCGCCGCUGCCGGAGGACAUCGACGACGACGAGGACUCGGUGAAGAUCAUCCGAUUGGUCAAAAACAAAGAGCCGCUGGGGGCCACCAUCAAACGGGACGAGCGCACGGGAGCCAUCGUGGUGGCUCGGAUCAUGAGAGGCGGAGCGGCCGACAGGAGCGGGCUGAUCCACGUCGGGGACGAGCUCAGGGAGGUAAACGGGAUUCCUGUGGACGAUCGGAAGCCUGAGGAAAUCAUUCACAUUUUGGCUCAGUCCCAAGGGGCCAUUACAUUUAAAAUAAUACCAGCCAUUAAAGAGGAGACGCCGAGCAAGGAACCCAAGAUGUUUGUCAGGGUGCUCUUUGACUAUGACCCUAAUGAGGACAGAGCGAUCCCAUGUAAAGAGGCCGGGCUGGCCUUCAAGAAGGGGGACAUCCUUCAGAUCAUGAGCCAGGAUGAUGCAACCUGGUGGCAGGCCAGGCACCACGGCGAUGCCAACCCCCGAGCAGGCCUCAUCCCCUCCAAGCAGUUCCAGGAAAGGAGGUUCGCACUCCGAAGGCCUGUGGCCCUUGUUCAGCCUCAGAAAAUCUCAAACCGAAGAUCAUAUGAUGUUGCUGUUGAAUGUGAGGACGCUGACUAUGGUGCCUAUAUAAGCGGAUUCCACAUAGCGGGUCUGAGGAGGAGCUUCCGCCUCAGUCGGAGGGACAGGAAGACCAACAAGUCCAUGUACGAGUGCAAGAAGAGCGAUCAGUACGACAUGGCCGACGUCCCCACCUACGAGGAGGUGGCCCCCUACCGCAGGCAGCCCGGGGCCCGGCACAGGCUGGUGGUUCUGGUCGGCCCGACGGGGGUGGGUCUGAAUGAGCUGAAGAGGAAGCUGCUGAUCUCGGACCCCCAGCACUUCAGCGUCACCAUCCCACACACCACCCGGCCCAAGAGGAGCCAGGAGAGCGACGGUGUGGAAUACCACUUCAUCUCCAAGCACCUGUUUGAGACUGACAUCCACAACAACAAGUUCAUUGAGCACGGGGAGUACAAGGGGAACUACUACGGGACAAGCCUGGAUUCAGUGCGCUCCGUCCUGUCUAAGAACAAGGUGUGCCUGCUGGACGUUCAGCCCCACACGAUAAAGCACUUACGGACGGCCGAGUUCAAACCGUUCGUGGUUUUCGUGAAGCCUCCUCCGUUAGCCCGCUUGCGAGAAACCAGGAGGAACGCCAAGAUCAUCUCGGGCAAGGACGACAAGGGAUCUGCGAAACCUUUCACGGAGGAAGACUUCCAGGAAAUGAUCAGCUCCGCCCAGAUGAUCGAGCAUCAGUACGGCCACCUCUUCGAGAAGGUGAUCGUCAACGACGACCUCGCGGCCGCCUUCAGCGAGCUGAAGAUGGCGCUGAAACGGCUGGAGACAGAGACUCACUGGGUCCCUAUCACCUGGACACACUCAUAAGAGGAGGGAAAAAGUAAAGGACGGGAGAGAGCGUGAAUUCAAGAAGGAAAAAAAAGGGAAGGAGUUUUAUUCUCAAGGGCAGUUCCGCUGAAGGCAUGCAGGAUUUCACUGUCGGGGUUGCGUUUUUAUAUAUGUAUAAAAAUAAGCAUAUACAGCUGGACAACAUUGGGAUAACUCGUGCUGGCUAUCCAGUCUUCCCUGGAGAGGGUCGCUGGGGUGUCAGUGGAAGUGUGGUGGAAGCACUGGGUUCCUGUUUGAGUAUGUACUGUACUGACUGUACCAACUGUACUGACGUGCUGUCCACAAGGGAGACAGCUUCCCAUGACCGCCCUCCGGCACUCCACCAGCACGGAACUUUUGCCACUUAGUGUAUUUUUAACAUUAGUUUAUAGAAACCAAAGGGAUUUAUCAUCUGGAUGGAAGGUUUACAUGUAUUUAUGUAUAGCGCACAGCCUCAAAGGGAAGAGGGGGAUAAAAAACAAAAAAAAAAAGUUUGCCUUCAGUCUUAAAUUUUCAAAUUGCUGACAAAACCCUCCCAUUUUGAAUGCCGCCAUGGUUGGUUAUAUUGAAAAGGCAAAGAAAACUUUUCACAGGUACAUGCAAAGAGGGCACUGUGAAGUUUUAUUUUGAGAUGAAUUAAUAUAUUUUAAUAAUUUUUUCUGAUGUUUUACAUAUCUUUUUAUAUGCAUCUUUCCCAACUUUUUAAAAGCAAUAUGAUGUAAAUACUGUGCACUACCAUGAUGAUUGUUAAUGUGGGAGCGACUGUUAGUGGUUUUCAAACCUGUUACACUACAAGGCCCCAUCCAAGUCCACACUACACAGAAUAUCAUUUUGUUAAGUGUUUUAAAUUUCAUCUAGGAGCUAUUUUAAGUCCUCCACCCUUCUGAAGGUGCCCAGCAUAACAGUUUGCCAUUAAAGCAACCAGACUUUGGCUCUCCUUUACAAGAAAUGCUCUCAAUCUUGUGUAAUUAGGGUGGAGUAUAAGUUGCAUUUAUUCUCAUAAAAUAGGUCUAAAACAAGGAACCUAACAGAGGGUUCUAAGCAUUUCCAGAUUUACUGCUCCAAGAAGUACUGCAUAGCUGCUUCUGACUUAACAAGGGUCAUGGUUAUAUUAAAAAAAAAGGUUAGCUGACAGUUAUUUGGGAGACUUACUGAAGCAUGCUCUCUUUCUCCCUGUGUCUGUCUGCCUCUCUCUCAUCGUCUCUCUGUCCCUCUGUC